UAUUGAUUACGUUUGCGUAGUUCAAUAUCUAUUUAGAAAUGCUAUAGGAACUUUCGAGACUAUUUCUCCAUUACUUCGACCAGCUCCAACCUCCAUUACUCAUAAAAGACCUGAUUCGAAUGCCGAUAUGUAAAGAGCAUUUCUAGUAAUACGUUUGUUAUACGAAUGUACGAAUGUAUUUCUCAUCCUCCACUUCAAUACAAAAAGUCCACCUUUCAUUAUUGUCCAUUUGUCAAUAUUUUUUCGGUAUAUGCGAUGCGUCGGACGUGUUUGGAGGUUGCUAGGAAACUUCAGUUCGUUUAUUUAUUUAGUGUGCAAGAUGACGCCUGACUCGUGGUUAAGGAUUAUUCAAAAUGCCAGGAAAACUGCUAUUAUUGAGGAUGGAAAGAGAAAAGUUCAUUUUUUAUUGGAAGAUGGAAAGGAAAUGGUAGAAGAAUAUAACACUAAUACAAAUGUAGUAGUACGACGAGCAUGGAAAAAGAAAAAUGGUUUUGGUACAAAUAUUGGAUGGACAGUAGAGGUUGGAGAUCCUGAACUUAAACAAAAUAAUAUAGAAAUAUACGGAAUAGAAGAAAGUUCAAGUGCGCCAUUUAUUACUAGAAGAAUUACGAAAACAUCUUUGGAAUGGCGAAUCAGGAAUUUGCCAUAUCCUGAAAGCGUGUAUUCUGUCACCGCAGAACCUGAUGCCACUAUGACUGUACGCACAAGCAACAAGAAGUAUUUCAAAAAGAUAAAGAUUCCAGAUCUCGAGAGAAUUGGAUUAAAGCCAGAACAGCAAAGAAUAUCAUUUUACCAUCAGUAUAAUACUUUAAUUAUAACGUACAAAAAGCCUCCUCAACUUCUCGACGUAGAGAAGAAAGUAUUAGCCAUCGUUUUGCAAUUGAAGACAGAUUCUAAGGAUGUACAGUGCCCAACCAGUUAAUAAAAUGUAACUUUUAAUUAUUUAAUUUUUUAUUGAAAGAUCAUUUCAAUAUAUAAUUUGUAGGUGUAAUCAUUUUAUCACUUAAAACUUGUAUCAAGAUUUUCGCGAUUAAAACUUUUCAGCCUUCCAACUAUUCUGAUAAAAAUAAGUCAAACUAUACAAUUUUUUAAUAUAGCUUUCUUUCAAUAACAGUCGAUUCUAUAUAUGAACUUUUGUGGUUAUAUAUAUAUUAUCAGAACUCGUGCCAUUUUCUUAUUGAUUUAUAUUUAUAAUAUUAGUAUUCCAAUUAAAAUUUACUAAAUAAACAAGCAUGAGAGCACAAAUUCUCAUUUCUCAUAAAGGUUAGGAAAUGUUCAUAAGUACAAAUGUUCGUUUACAUCAAACAAGUUAAUUUUUCAUUAUGUAAUUGUACAUCUACAUAAAAAUAUGUCAAAUAUUAAAUAUCUCUUA